AGAGUACAUGUGGGUUCAGAGCCGCUGCGCCCCCGUUCUGUCAGCGUGAAAAGUGCAUGCGCCGCGGGGGGGUUUAAAAGCCCCGGCUGAGUGCGAGCCGCUGACAGUUUGGAGAGGCUCUGGAUCAGACUGGGAACAAGUUAACUCCGGAAGAAGAAGAAAAAGCAGCAGCGACUGAACGAUGGCGAGUCAAGCACAGCAGCCCCCUCAUCUCCACCUGGCAGAGCUCACCGCGGCGCAGUUUCUCGACAUCUGGAAACAUUUCGACGCAGACGAAAAUGGCUACAUCGAGGGAAAGGAGCUGGAGAACUUCUUCCGGCAGCUAGAGACCGCGCGGAGAGGAACAGGCGUGGAUCCCACACAUGCUGCCUUUAGAGAGAAAAUGAAGGAAUUCAUGAUGAAAUUUGACAAGAAUGCAGACGGAAGAAUCGAGAUGUCAGAAUUAGCUCAGAUUCUGCCCACAGAGGAGAAUUUCCUGCUUUGUUUCAGAACAUUUGUGGGAUCCAGUGCAGAAUUCAUGGCGGCAUGGAGAAGGUAUGACACUGAUCGCAGUGGAUACAUCGAAGCCAAUGAACUGAAGGGUUUCCUGUCAGAUCUUCUGAAGAAGGCCAACAGACACUACGAUGACAAGAAACUCAACGAGUACACACAGACAAUCCUGAAGAUGUUUGAUCUGAACGGUGAUGGGAAACUGGGCCUGUCUGAAAUGGCCAGGCUGCUGCCGGUUCAGGAAAAUUUCUUGCUCAAGUUCGAGGGAUGCAAGCUUUCAGCAGAGCAGUUCAACAUAAUAUUCACCUUCUAUGACAAGGAUGGAAACGGUUACAUCGAUGAGCAGGAGCUGGACGCACUGCUGAAGGACCUACAUGACAAGAACAAAAUGGAGUUGGACUCGACCGGUCUGGUGGGCUAUAAGAAGAGCAUCAUGGCUCUGUCCGACGCGGGGAAGCUCUACCGCACCGAGCUGGAGAUCGUCCUCUGCCGCGACUCCACACUGUGAUCUUUCACCUCUGACCCCUGACAACCCCCCACUGCCCCCAUCCUGGCAUUACUAGGUGCAUGUAUGCCCCCCUCCUCCACUCCAACAUUUGUAGAGUGAAAGUGAAUAUCCACUUGAAGGCAUAAGCAAGACCCUCAGCCCAACUGCCCCACUCUGUUUAACUACCUGUCCCUUACUAUGCCCCACCUCACCUCCCCCUUAUCGCAGCGUGGCGCUACCUGAUGAUGUCAUCAACGUCCGCAGCUUUAUUGUUCUUUUUUUUUUACAUGCAAUUCUAUAGUGAGUUAACCAAUACAUAUGGAAAUAAUAGAAGGAAUAUACGAUAUGACUAUUUAUUUGAAUGCAUAUACAUUUUGCCUGAAUGUCCUUUAUACUGUACUCCCUAAGCCUACUCUUUGUUUUUUUACAGUUCGCCUGUAAAUCUCUGUCUCUUUUUCUAUUUACCUCUAAUCUCAAUGCCCCCUCCCGCACUAUUCGUUUCAGUCUGUUGCCUUGUUUUUGAAUUGGGUUUAGGCUCGUACUGUUUUAGUGGAGAUAUUAUUGAGAGCAUCAAUAAAUAUAGCUGAUGAUCA